AUGGCAACUACAUGUCUCUUCACUGAAGCUGUCAGUAGCAUUCCUGACAAUGUUCAAGGGAGACAUGUCAUAUAUGUAAAAGCUGGGGUUUACGAUGAAAACGUCGUGAUUUCGAAGCCAAACAUUACUCUAGUGGGAGAUGGGAUCGGUAUGACUAUCAUUCGCAGCAAUUUAAGCAACGGUGGAGGUACCUCUAUUCAAGACUCUGAUGCAUUGUCCUGGGCAGAUAACUUCAUUGGUAGAUGCAUUACUUUUCGAGAUACAUCAGGUGCAGAGAAAGAACAAGCAGCUGCAUUAAGAAGUGAUGGGGAUAAAUCAGUAUUCUAUCAUUGUGAAUUUUUGGGCUACCAAGAUACCCUCUAUGUGAAUGGUGGAAGACAAUUCUUCAGAGAGUGCAACAUAUAUGGAUCACUUGAUUCAUCUUCGGUGAUGCAACGAAUGGUUUUACAAAAAUGCAUAUUAGAUUUUCACGGCAAACCUAUGGGAGAAAAUGUGAUAACAGCUCAAGGAAGAGAAGAAGAGACAGAGAACACAGGAAUCAUACUUCAUUGCUUGCAACAUAUCUGA